AUGGGUAAACUGAACUUCGACCCGGACGAGGCAGCCCUACUCAAGGCGUACAAGAUCUCGACGCUCUCCCCGUCGAAAUGGGAAGAGGCAGAUCAUGAGGACUCUGUUGCGGGGCAGAUUAUCAGCCCCACGACGAGCACGUCCGAGGCGGAGGGGGACCCGCUCGGGCUGGGCGCAUUCGUCGACGUGAAGAACAUGGACAUGGAGCAGCGCGCGGCCAUCCUCACCUCCUCCAAGUCCUUCGACCCCAAGGCCUUCCUUUCUGCCAUACACCCCAACGCGACCUACCAAGACCUCGCCGCCGGCAUUGCACACCUCCGCGCAUCCAUCGACUCGCGCUCCGAGGCGAUCCGCGUCCUCGUAGAGGACAACUUUGACAAAUUCGUCGCCGUCAAGGCGUCCACCGACGCGUUGCACCUGGAGAUGAAAGAGGGUCUGCUAGCCCCGUCGACGGACUAUGCGUCCAAGCCGCUGCGUGACCAGCUAAAACAGGCCGCAACGAAAGCGAACCAAGUCUUCCUCCCCGUGCUCGAGAACGCGAGCAAGGCACAAAAGCUGCGCACCACGCUCGGUGUAUUCGAGCGCUCGAAGUUCUUCUUUAAUCUACCCACAUCCAUCGUGGAGUCCAUGGAAGCCGGCCGAUACGAAGUGGCCAUGCGCGACUACAAGAAGGGCAAGUUCAUGCUCGAGACGCGGCCCGGUCAGCUCCUCCCCAUCGGAGCCUCAAAAGACAGCCAGAACACGACGGCAGAGCAGCAGCAGAAACGGAUACUGGACAAGGUCUGGAAUACCGUCGAAAAGGCGAUGAGCGAGAUGCGGGCCCUGUUGCUCGGGCAGCUGCAGCAGCCUGGGAGGCCGGUUGAGGACCAGGAGAAGACGAUCGAGAUUUUAUUGGAGCUGAAUACUCCGGACGAUCCUGUGUGGACAUACUUUGACGCCCAACAUAGGUUUAUCCUGGAGCAGAUGAAGAAGACGUAUCAGAUUGCUGUCGGAGUCGUGCACAAUGCGGUCUUGGCAUCUCAGUUGCAGACAUGCGUCGCGGCGUUGAAGUCGAAUCAAUCAGAAGCCGUCCUAUCUCAGUCGGGUGGACACGAAGUAUGGCAGACAAUCGUGGACAUGGUCAAGGCCGUGUCCGACGUGAUGAUGUCAGCCCUGCCUAAUUUCUGGAGAAUCGCCAAAUCGUUCUUGGAUGGUAAAUACAGAAAGUCUCCAGGAUCCUCCAACUCGCGCCGCAGUCCCUCACAAGUACGCACCAUGGCCCUCGACAUCGUCAAACUAUACAUCUCCCUGCUCUCCGAGUUCUUCAUUUUCUCCGAUAUGGCUGUGAUGACGCCUCCAGCCGCAGGAGGCGAUGGCACUCCUCCGCUGAUCCCAGGUCACUCAAACAUACUGACGACAGGCCAUUAUCUCAUGCGGAUCCUCGGCGAAAUCCAGGAAUGCGUGAACGAGGUCAAUGCGAUGGAGGUGUCGAACGACACGGCUACGAGUCUGAAGGGUCUGUUGGAGAGCGCGCGGUGGAAGUUCGUGGACAUCCUGGUAAUGGGAUGGUUGAGAGAUGCGAAUAUCUUCUAUCACCUUGAGACCUGGACGACAUCUUUGAGCGAGCCGUACACGACCGUUUACCUGGACGACAUCCAGCUCUUUCAAAAGCAUGUCACGACCUACUCCUUCAAGCUCGCAGGCGGCGUCGACCUCUCCUCGUCAGCGUCAGCGUCCUCGUCGAGAAUGGUGAAGCAGUACCCCAUCCCCUCGGAGUUCGUCGCGAAGAUCACCAAGGCGUUUUUGGACACUUUGUAUGCGUUCCUGGACGGGCUGGUGCAUCUGGCGUCCGACGAGUUGCCUGUCAGUGUGGACAAGCCGGUGCAGGCGCCGGGCGACACCGUCGUACAUAGCAUGUCAAACUUAGACCUAUCAGACGUCGACACGCGGACAAUUUUGGUCGUGUCGAAUAUCGGGUACCUCAAACAGGUACUAAUCCCAAGCAUGCUCAAAGAGUUGGAGACUGCGUUCAACGUGUCCGCGGAAGCUGAUCGUCAGAACCUAAUGAGCGUGGUGGAUGAGCUCGACCAGACUCUGUUCGAUGGAUAUGUCAAGCCCAAGGCGGCGGUGGUAUCCAAUGCCAUACGCAGCGGAAUCCUGGAUCCUUCAAUGGACUGGUAUGAGACGCCUCAGCCCACAGGUGCGCCUGUCUUCCUAUUCGUUCCCUGUGUCAUUGAUUCCAAAUCUGCACUCUUCGCAGAAAUCCGUCAAUACAUGUACGAGACGUUGAUGUACCUCGUCGGCGUUCAUGCGCAAGUCAACAACGCCGCGGCGCCUCUCUUGGAGCGCACUCUGAAUGCGUUGGUUGAGGACGUCGCGGAGGAAGCUUUGCGAUGCUUCAAACAAGUAAAGAGAUUUGGCAUGGGCGGCAUGCUCCGUGCGACGCUAGAGAUCGAAUUCAUGCAUCAAACUCUCUCGCGUUACGUGACAUCAUCGGCAGCUAAGACGCUACAGGACCUGUACAACAAAAUAUCGCAGGCAUAUGCGCGGCGGCCGGGUGACGAAAACCUGCAAAGCCAUUUGGACGGCGUCAAGAAGACGUUAGCAGACACGCGGCGUGCGACAGGAAUUGAGUUUCUAUGCUUCAGGGCCACCAAGGAGCGCAAACCUGCGAGCAAGGCGGAAACCAGCGGGACUCCUAAAAAGGAUAGAGAAAGAUCGACCAGGGAAGGGAGGUAG